UCUGUCACGUGCGCCCGUUCUCGGGAACCCGUAUGUGUACAACAUGGCGAGUUCAUCUCGCUUCUCCUGACUAAACCAAACAAACAAUUGUCUCCUAAAACAAGUGGAAAAACGAGCGGAAACAUUUUUAAAAGUUUUGACACGCUUUUAGAAAAUGUACUAAUGGCCUAUAGAGAGUUAGGGGAACGUAUCCAGACGAAUUCCGCCAGCAAUUUGAAUGAAGACAGCGAUGGAAGUGAUACACAGUCCUGUUCAUCCAGUUACUCCGAAUAUUCAGAUGAGCUCGAACCUGAGUGGAUUGAUGACGUUCAGAAGAACGGUGAGCUCUUCUACCUGGAGCUGAGUGAAGGCGAAGAAGAAGCGUUACUUUCUCAAAUCACCACCGCUCAAUCUACUGCCACCAAUCAUGUGCGUUUCAGUGAAAAAGAGGCAGAAAUCAUCACUGACAAACGCAGCAAGAAACGUACAGGCUCCAGCACAAAGUCACAACCGAAAUUCAAGAAGCUUGCUAAAAUCCUGAGAGGCAAACGACACCCAUCUCAGAGAAGCAAGGCUGAUGGGAAAAAUGGCAGAGCUUCUCAACCACCGACGUCCAUUUUGAAGAACCAGACGGGGCAGAGGACAGGAUUGGUGGUGCAACAGCCAUUUUUGAAAGAUGUGUGUGUUUACGUCAACCCUAAGCGUUUGGGCUGUAUAUCUCCUCCUCCUUCAGAGAAAGGGGGCUUGUUGGAGGCCUUAUUGGGAGUGGUCCUUCAGGGUGGAGAUGGUUUGGCCUGUAAUGGGGAGAGACUCGUCAUUCACGGACUGGUACCUCAUAGUCCUGCCAGCAAGUGUGCACAGAUUUUAAUUGGUGAUGUCCUUGUGGCUGUUGACGAUGUGGACGUUACAUCAGAGAAUAUUGAGAGAGUUCUGUCUUGUAUUUCUGGACCAACACAGGUGCAUUUGACUCUGGAGACUGGCUCUGGCUCUGGCUCUGUAAUGGACUCGGAGGUGCCAAGACCGAGACCCGCCGCCCCCGUCAGCCAGCUGGUGCGUCUCCUCUGGGGUGAGGACACCACAGAGUUGCAGAUGACUGUGGCUCACAUCCCUCACAUCGUCAUGUAUCUGUCACUCAAACUUGACUCUGAGUCGCUUCAGGAGGAGCAGGAGAUCUUGUACCAGUACCCAGUGUCUGAGGCAGCAGCACAGCUGAAGGCAGUGAGAGGAAUCUUCCUUACGCUGUGUGACAUGUUGGAGAACUUCACUGGAGGACAGAUCGUCAAUUCCUCCCUGGUGCUCAGAAAGCAAUUGGUCCAUGUGGGUUAUUGGAAGGAAGGAGAGAAGCUGCUGGUGAUCGGUCUGCCUGCUGACAGGGUGCCAUUGCUGCAUCUGCAGACCGUUAUAAAGCGUUUGGUGCGAACUCUCAGGGUCCUGUACGGUUCCCUGCACAGUGCCUUCAGCGAGCUGGAGAAUGCUCCUCGUCUGGAUCAUUUCUUCUGUCUGUUCUUCCAGAGAAUGAUCCAGCCCUCUCGUUUGAGUGACAGCCCUGGCUCCUCCCCCUCCAACAUCUCUGGGAACCUCUUCCUAGACAACUUACCCGCCAUGCGCUGGCUCACUUUACCACCAGACAUUAAGGUCGAAGUCGACACUGUUCUGUCAGAGUUUGAGUCCUCAGACUUUGGUGACAUGUCAGAAGACUUUUAUGGCAUGAGGCGUCUGUACGUCAUUUUAGGGUCCUGCCUCUUCUACAAGGGUUAUUUAAUAGCAAACCACCUGCCUAAAGAGGACCUUCUGGACGUGUGUCUGUACUGUCAGCACUACUGUCUACUGUGUCUGGGGGCAGAGCAGCGUGUGGGGCAGCUGGUGGUGUGGAGGGAGGUGUUCCUGCAGCGCCGCUCACAGCCCGACUCCGGCAGCUCCACCUCUACCUCCACAUCCACCUCCAGCUCCCACCCAGGCUACUGCGAGUCCAAUGGGCGCGUUUUCCUCCUCGUCGUGGGUCUGAAACAUUUUAUGCAGUGUGUGUUACUGGAAGCCGGUGGUUGUGCGUCUCUUGCUCUCGGAUCUCCUGGUCCUGACUGCAUUUACGUAGACCAGGUCAAAGCCACUCUCCUACAGCUCGAGUGUCUCGAGUCUCCCAUUGAAGAACGUCUCUCAGCUCCUCCCACUCCUUGUCUGUCCUGUGCUGAUUGGUUCCUCCCCUCUAGUGGGCGGGACCGACAGGACAUGAUUGGCAGCUCACCAAUCCUAAGCCGGCUGACAGCAGCCAUCAAGCCACCGUCACCGGGCACAAUUGGUCGAAGCCUGUUCAGAGAGUCUGGCUCAGGGCUGAAGGGCAGGAAGCCGAGCCCACAGCGGAGCGUGUCGGACAGUGGGAGCGAGGGCCGAAGCGAGCAGGGUGACACUGGGCUGAGAAUGACCCCUGCUGGUACUCGUAGAGACUCUCUGGGGUCUGGGGGAUCAGACGGCAGUGGUGGCAGUGGGGGACUGUUUAAGAUUCCCAAACUUAAGCAGCCCAAUCCGUUCUAUCUGGGUUCUCUGAAGAAGAGCCUGACUGAGCGAGAGGCCGAGGAGAUGCAGAACACUCUGAAGCUCACGGCAGGUUUGGAGAAUACACUCUUUCACUAUGUUCUGAUGGAGACAGUGCAGGGCAUCUUCAUCACACCCACACACCGAGAGCUAUCGCAGCUCAGCGGCUCCAUCCACCCUCAACUCAUCCGCAACUUCCACCACUGCUGCCUGUCCAUCCGCAAUGUCUUCCAGCAAAGCCUGCCACCAGGGCAGGACAGGCGAGGAGCUGACAGGUCACACUCUUCUGGAGGCCUUGGUCCAGUUAAAGAACAUGGCAUUUUGUUCCAGUGUAAACCCGAGAACUGGACGGACCAAAAGAAACCUGCUCCCACUAUGACCUACUGGGUUAUCGGGUAGAAGUUCCUAUAUUACUUAACUGCUGCACUAACAGGCGGAUGAUGCUAGAACCCGUUCCUCAGGAGUUCUACGUGUGUUUCCACGACUCGGUGCCGGAGAUUCCUGUGGAGAUGGCUUUCAGGCUCUCGUUCGGCCUGGCCGUGUAAUUUUUAUUCAGGUUUCCUAGGUCACGUUGAAUAUUGAAUACCUGCAUGACUCUAUAUGAGGAACAGAGACUUUGAGGCGUGAGGAGUGAUGAAUUACAUAAAAGAAUUAUUUUUUAAUGCUUCUGUGUUUAGGAACAGAGGAAAUGUUCUAUUUUCUGUGUGAAAUAAAGGAAAUAAACAGGA